AAAUUGAUGAAAACAAAUAACACAGUUAUGCCUAGUCAUAUUAACAUUUUUACAUUCUCUAUGAAUUCUAAAAGUAUUCAUAAUGUGAUCACUUAUAAUCAGUUGUAUGUUCUCAUAAAUAACAUUUAUAUAAUAAUAAUAACUCUGUAUUAUAAAGUGAAAAUUUAUAAUACAGUUGUCGCAAAAAUAUUCAACACUCAAACCACACUUAAAAAUGUUAAGAGUCUAAUUUAAAACUGUCUUUGUAUUAUGUAACAAAAUAUAAAUCAAAAUGGCAUUUAUAUUAAGAAAGCAUAAGCACAGCUUUUAAACUAAACAUUUCUAAAAUUAAAAUAAAAAAAUUAGUCAGGUUUCAAAAUAUAUACAGUAUAAAAAUAAAUAGAUAUAGGUAUAUUAUUAAGAAUAAUAUACAGUUGAAGUCAGAAGUUUACAUGCACCGUAGCCAAAUACAUUUAAAUUCAGUUUUUCACAGGUCCUGACAUUUAAUCAUCGAAAACAUCCCAUCACUACUUUAUUUUAAGAAUGUGAAAUGUUGCCAGGGCCUGGGUAGCUCAGUGAGUAUUGAAGCUGACUACCACCCCUGGAGUCGCAAGUUCAAAUCCAGGGCAUGCUGAGUGACUCCAGCCAGGUCUCCUAAGCAACCAAAUUGGCCCAGUUGCUAGGGAGGGUAGAGUCACAUGGGGUAACCUCCUUGUGGUCGUGAUUAGUGGUUCUCGCUCUCAAUGGGGCAUGUGGUAAUUUGUGUGUUGAUCAUGGAGUGUAGAAUGAGCCUCCACAUGCGGGGUCUCUGCGGUGUCAUGUGAUAAGAUGCGUGGAUUGAUGGUUUCAGAAGCAGAGGCAACUGAGUCUUGUCCUCCGCCACCCAGAUUGAGGUGAGUAACCGCGCCACAACGAGGACCUACUAAGUAGUGGGAAUUGGGCAUUCCAAAUUGGGAGAAAAGGGGAUAACAUUUUUUUUUUUUUUAAAUCAGAUUGAGGUCAGGGCUUUGUGAUGGCCACUCCAAUACCUUGACAUUGUUGUCCUUAAGCCAUUUUGCCACAACUUUGGGGGUAUGCUUGGGGUCUUUGUCCAUUUGGAAGACCCAUUUGCAACCGAGCUUUAACUUAACAGCUGAUGUCUUGAGAUGUUGCUUCAAUAUAUCCACAUAAUUUUCCUUCCUCACCAGUCCCUCCUGUAGCAAAGCACCCCCACAACAUGAUGCUGCCAUCCCCAUGUUUCACAGUUGGGAUGGUGUUCUUCAGCUUACAAGCCUCAACCUUUUUCCUCCAAACAUAACAAUGGUCAUUAUGGUCAAAGUUCCAUUUUCCAAUUUCCAGAGGAAAUUUCUCCAAAAAGUAAGACCUCUGUGCCCAUGUGCACUUGCAAACUGUAGUCUGGCUUUUUUAUGGUGGCUUUGGAGCAGUUGCCUCUUCCUUGCUGAGCAGCAUUUCAGGUUAUGUCGAUAUAGGACUCGUUUUACAGUGGAUAUAGAUACUCGUCUACCUGUUUCCUCCAGCAUCUUCACAAGGUCCUCUGCUGUUGUUCUGGGAUUGAUUUGCACUUUUAGCACCAAACUAUGUUCAUCUCUAAGAGACAGAAUGCAUCUCCUUCCCGAGCGGUAUGAUGGCUGCGUGGUCCAGUGGUGUUUAUACUUGCGUACUGUUGUUUAUACAGAUGAACGUGGUAUCUUCAGGCAUUUGGAAAUUGCUCCCAAGGAUGAAAUAGACUUGUGGAGAUCCACCAUUUUUUUUUUUUUUUUUCUGAGAUCUUGGCUGAUUUCUUUUGAUUUUGCAAUGAAGUCAAGCAAAGAGGCACUGAGUUUGAAGGUAGGCCUUAAAAUGCAUCCUCAGGUACACCUUCAAUUGAUUCCAAUUAGCCUAUCAGAAGCUAAUUGGCUAAUUGCCUAAAGGCUUGACAUCAUUUUCUGGAAUUUUCCAAACUGCUUAAAUGCACAGUUAACUUAGUGUAUGUAAACUUCUGACCCACUGGAAUUGUGAUAUAGUCAAUUAAAAAUGAAACAAUCUGUCUGUAAACAAUUUUUGGAAAGUGUCAUGCACCAAGUAGAUGUCCUAAACGACUUGCCAAAACUAUAGUUUGCUAAUAUGAAAUCUGUGGAGUGGUUAAAAAAUGAGUUUUAAUGACUUCAACCUAAGUGUAUGUAAACUUCUGACUUCAACUGUAUAUGUCUUGCUGCUCUGGUUUAUCCUGCUCUGGCUUCUUUUGGAACUAUUUUCAUUGGUGGACCUAAAAUAAAAUAAAAAUGUCUGAGAACGCGCAAAAAACAGUUCUUUUCACAGCAAACACAUUUGACUCUAUAAAUGAAGAUGCAUUUCGUGGUCUUCCUCACCUGGAGUAUCUGUUCAUUGAAAACAACCAAAUCAAGUCCAUAUCACCUUUUGCCUUCAGAGGACUCAAAUCCUUAAUUCACUUAAGCCUGGCCUACAAUAACCUGGAGACAUUACCGAAAGAUCUUUUCAAAGGAUUGGAAGCUUUGACUAAAGUAGAUUUGAGAGGCAAUCUUUUCAGCUGUGAUUGUAAGCUGAAGUGGUUAGUGGAUUGGAUGUAUCAUACAAAUGCAACUGUGGAUCAGAUCUAUUGCAAUGGCCCUGAAUCUUACCAGGGCAAGAAAAUCAAUGACCUUGUGCCGCAGUCAUUUGAUUGCAUUACAACAGAUUUUUCAUUGCAGAAGUCACUUGAAUUUCAGUCCAUUUCUGUCGAGGCUUUUGCGUUUGGUGGUGACCAGUAUGUAGUAUUCGCUCAGCCUUUCAUCGGUAGGUGUAGUUUCAUGGAAUGGGAUCAUGUCCAAAUGGAAUUCCGAAACUUCGAUAACAUCACAAGCACUUCCACGGUCAUCUGCAAACCUCUCGUCAUUGAUAGUCAACUCUUCAUCAUAGUCGCACAACUGUUCGGCGGCUCACACAUCUACAAGAGAGAUAUCUCAGCAAACAAAUUCAUCAAAAUCCAAGACAUUGACAUUUUGAAAAUAAGAAAGCCAAACGAUGUGCAAAUCUUCCACAUUGAUGGAGAGUCUUUCUUCAUCAUUGCAGAUAGCUCCAAAGCCGGCUCCACCACAAUUUACAAAUGGAACGGCAAUGGCUUCUACUCCCAUCAGUCCUUGCAUCCCUGGCACAGGGACACAGAUGUGGAGUAUCUGGAAAUUUCUGGGAAACCUCAUCUGAUCUUGUCCAGCAGCUCUCAACGGCCCGUCAUUUAUCAAUGGAACAAGAGCACCAAGCAGUUUGAACGGCGCACAGACAUUCCCGAGAUGGAGGAUGUGUAUGCUGUGAAACAUUUCACUGUGAACAGCAAGCUGUACAUUUGCCUAACCCGCUUCAUCGGAGACUCAAAAGUGAUGAAAUGGGAUGGUAACAUGUUCACUGAGAUCCAGACCAUGGCCUCGCGUGGCUCCAUGGUCUUCCAGCCAUUCUCUAUAGCCAACUGGCAGUACGCCAUCCUGGGCAGCGACUAUGCCUUCACUCGAGUCUAUCGCUGGGAUGCAAAGAAGAACCAGUUCAUUCACUUCCAGGAACUGAACAUUCAAGCACCCAGGGCUUUUUCUCUGGUCUUUAUUGACAACAGGGAAUUCCUCCUUGGCUCUAGUUUUAAGGGGCUGACCCGUAUAUAUGAACAUCUUGUCCUUGAUUUGAGCAGCUGAUUGGUUCAUUAAAACCAAUGUGGGUGGGUGCUGAUAAACAAGGGUCUCAUAGUGUCAGCUUGCAUGAUGGUGCCGUUGAUUAGAUACCGCCAUUUUAAUUCUCAGUGUUCUUUGAAAUGACCUACUCAUUUGGCUCUUCAUCCUCUUGCGCUCAUUCAUUUCCGUUGUAUUUCUACUUUGUGACUGCUGCUGAAAUACUUGUUAUACUAUUUAUUAAUGUGUUUCUCACAAAUGAAUCUGGGAAUUUAAUUGUUUACUGCUCUUGUAAAUUAUGUAUUUUCAUGUGGCAGCUGGUUGACUUGAAUUUGAUAUGCAGAUUGAACAGUUGAACUUUCUGAGUAGUGUGUAGUGGUAUCGUUGAUUUUUAACAUUGCCUGUUUGUAUAGUUCUAACACAACCAGUGACAACCAAUGGGAUACAAAAAUUUCUUAAGAGACGAUCUCUUGACUCUUUAUAUCACCAAAUGAGGAAACGUCUCGGUCGUAACCUCAGUUCCCUGAUAUAGGGAACGAGACGUUGUGUCGAUGUAGUGACACUAUGGGUCGCCCUUGGGAGCCCCAAACACAUCUGAUCUUUCAGAAAAUGCCAAUGGGAAUUGGCGAGUGGAAUUUGCAUGCCAUUCCCCCGGACAUAUGGGUAUAAAAGGAGCUGGCUUGCAACCACUCAUUCAGGUUUUGUGCUGAGGAGCUGAGACAAGUUCCCGGCCAUUUCAGUGGGUAGUUCAGUGUUGUGGCAGGAGGGACACAACGUCUCGUCUACAGCAGUGACCGAGACAUUCCCCUUCUGUCACUCGCUCGACGUUGUGUCGAUGUAGUGACACUAGGGGUCCCUAUACAAAACGACACGAGCAUCUCAUGUGGAGAAGUCCCGUGGUAGGUCCUACCCGAGGGGGGAGGAGUUCUACAAACACGGUGACCGGGGGCAGAGAGACCUCUGCCCAAGGAAGACGCAGUUUACCAACAGGGAAACUUGUUUGUGGAAGAUACAUCACACGGGGUUACAUAUGGGCAACCAGCACAUGUGGAGCACCUACCCCAGUACAGGGCCUAGUUAGCACACAUACUGGGCCGGCAGCAAGUUUCUCCGUAAACUCGCCUGCCACAAGGCUAUGGAGAAAGGACAUCAAGGGUCCACGACUUUGUGAACACAACUGGGGGUAAAAAGCACACAUCUUCACCUCAGGGGAGGGGAAAGGCGCUAUGCGCAAAUGGUACACCCGGCCAGAUGUCCCGGAACUUACCUGUUCGUACCUGACAACACACGGGACGAGACUGACUCAACCCGGAGAUUAUAGAAUCUUGCAAAGUUGUUGGUUGUUGCCCAGCCCACUGCUCUGCAGAUGUCUUCUAAAGAGGCACCAUUGGUCAGAGCCCAGGAGGCCGCCACACUCCUAGUAGAGUGGGCUCGUAGCCCCAAGGGGGGUGGCACCUCCUGGGCAUGAUAUGCCAUAGCGAUGGCGUCAAUGACCCAGUGGACGAUCCUCUGUUUGGAGACAGCACUCCCUUUCCAGACAAAGAGCUGCUUGGAGCUCCUAAAGCUCUGUGUGCGAUCCAAAUAGGUGUGCAAAGCACGCACCGGACACAGCAACGCCAAGGCUGGGUUGCCUCCUCCUGGGGCAGCUCUUGCAGGUUCACCACCUGAUCCCUAAACGGGGUCGUGGGAACCUUGGGCACAUAGCCCGGUCAGGGUCUCAGGAUCACAUGAGAGUAACCCAGACCAAACGCCAGGCACGUUUUGCUGACAGAGAACGCCUGCAGGUCCCCUACCCUCUUGAUGGAAGUGAGCGCAGUCAGGAGGGCAGUCUUCAAAAAGAGUGCCUUUAGCUCCACUGACUCCAGAGAACACCAGGUUCUCGGAGGGCGAGAUCGGUCGCCGAGCGCAGCUCCUGCAUCAAUCCCGGGUCAGGACUACUCUUGUGCAGUUCUUUUAGUGCCUUGGCUUGGUGCACUUGCAGGAGAGCCAUGGCAUGCGGGGCGAAUGCGGCCUGUCCAGCAGCACCGUAGGCCUUAGCCACCAGUGACGACAUAAGCCUACAGGCCCUGGACGGGAGCCUUGGAUCGUUUGGGAACGAUCGCUCGUUCGUAGCCAACAUGGUGGCCUAAAAAAAAAAAAAAAAAAAAAAAAAAAGGGGGCAGUGGUGGCUCAGUCGUUAAGGUUCUAGGUUACUGAUCAGAAGGUCGGGGGUUCAAGCCUCAGCACCGCCAAGAUGCCACUGUUGGGCCCUUGAGCAAGGCACUUGACCCUAUCUGCUCCAGGGGCACUGUACCCUGCACUCUGACCCCAGCUUAGCUGGGAUAUGUGAAAAAAAAGAAUUUCACUGUAUAUGUGCAAAUGUAUAAUGUGUGAAAAAUAAAUAUAAUUAAAAAAAAUAAUUAUUAAAAACGUACUACAGAGGCCCACUAUAGGCCUAACUAAAUUUACCAUGUUUGUACUGUAAUAAAAUGGGUUCCCCUGGUGCUAGGCACACAAAACUGUAGAAUGUGUCUCGUGGGAAGACCCCGAUAGCGUGUGCAAAGUUUGGGAACAAUUGCUCCUUCGUAGCCAACAUGGCAGACAAGUGCACCGCAACAGCCUGAUCCACCUCGGGAAUCGCCGAGUAUCCCUUGGCCGCACCACCGUCGAGGGUAGUGAGAGCGGAGGAGCCCGAGGACCGGGUCCGGGCAGUAAAAGGUGCCCGCCACGAUCACGUGAGCUCAUCAUGCACCUCCGGGAAGAAAGGUAGGGCAGGGCGCGGCCGUGAGCGGCACUCUGGACCCAGGAACCAAACAUCGAGCUGUGUGGGUUCAGGGGGGAGUGGAGGAUUCCACGCCAGCCCAACACUCGCAGCCGCCCGGGCAAGCAUGGCCGCUAGUUCUGCGUCAGCCUGCGACUGGGCUACCACACCCGAGGGUGGGAGCCCAGCCGAGUCCUCCGCGCCAGACUGGACGGACCCGCUCUCCAAUGCUGCUAUCGAUAACUCAUCCUCUUUGCGAGCUCCGAAUGAGUUCGCGAACUCGCCCUGAGACUAGCCUGCGGUCUCAUCCCAGAACCCGACCGGGGCACACGAGUGUGUUGAGGAAUGGGAGGUCUGCGGAGGGGUUUCCCGGCGGAGAAGCUCCCAUUGAGGUACCCAAAUCGCCCCCAGUGCUAACCGUCUCUGCCUCAUACCGUAGGUAGAAGGACCGAGGCGGGGAGCCGCUGGGAUGGCUUUUCAUCUGAUGAAAGAAAGCUGUGACUGCAACGUUGCCAUGGUCAUGUUCUCGCAAUGAGGACACGAACCAUCCACAAAAGAUGUCUCCGCGUGGGAAGCACCCAAACACGUGAGACAGCGAUAGUGGCCGUCAGAAGCGGAGAGAUAGCGACCGCAACCAGGAAUAAUACACAAACGAAAAGGCAUCUUUAAAAAGACGCUUUUGUAAGUGCCACUCUUUUAGUAGAAAAUAUACUCUUUAUGAGGAAAGAAUAUACUCUUUUAGCUGCUGAAGCGCCAAGGGGCGUUCUCUGCACAACACCGGUGCAAUAGGGGGAGAAACUGCUGUAAUGCGCCGUAAAUCCAAUAGCUUCACUCGGUAUAGAGGUGAAUGGAUCAGCAGAGUAAUUCAGCUUGCUGAACACAACCGCUCGGCUCCAAAGAAAAAAUCUGAAUGAGUGGUUACAAGCCAGCUCCUUUUAUACCCGUAUGUCCGGGAGAGUGGCAUGCAAAUUCCACUUGCCAAUUCCCAUUGGCUUUUUCUCAAAGAUCAGAGGUGUUUAGGGCUCCUAAGGGCGACCCCUAGUGUCACUACAUCGACACAACGUCGAGUGAGUGACAGAAGGGGAACCAUGCUCUUCUACUGGAUAAGUAAGUGUGUGCAUGCAGUAUCAUGCCCACAUUUUUUGGAAACUGCUACUAACUUUAAAUAAAGACUGUCCACAAUGUCAAUUGGUUUAUGUUGUCAAAU